GUUACACCGGCAAUACAAGCGGUGCAUGAGCCACGAGGAGGCCGUACAGUCCGCACCGCUGCACGUGACCGAUGAGGACUAGCGGAUACUCUGCGAUAGGUUUUCGUCUGAUUCUUUUCAGAAGAGGAGCAAAAUAAAUUCUGACAACAGAAGAAAGUUAGAAGUGAACCACAUAACUGCUUCAAAGUCAUUUGUACAACUUCGUCACGACAUGCAAGAUUCCGUCACUGGCCAGAAGCCCGGACCAGUAGACUUCUACAAAGGGACUCCCUGUCGGCAGGCGACAGGAUCUUGGGUACAUCCUAGAGCCAGCGAGAUUUGGGAGGAGAUGGACACCUUACGCAGUCAGCCCACUCCCGAUGGUACUCAGUGGAGUGAGCCAGAGAUCCUGAGUCAGGUGCUUGGUACCCGUUCUGGAUAUGUGCAUGGGUUUGGCCAUGGUGCCAAGCUCAUGGCACCCGCUAGAGCUACCUCUAGCCGAUCCAUCGUCGUUGGCGACAGCGCCGUACGCCGAGCUGAUACCGCAGAGAAAGAGGUUCAGCAGCUAUGGGUCGUCGUCGAUGACAUCAAAGAUCAGCUGGACAGGCAAAGGAAGGAGCAAGAGAGGAAGAUGAUGGAUCAGCUGGCGAGGCAGAGGGAGGAGCAGGAGAGGAGGAUGGAGGAGGAGCUGGCGAGGCAGAGGGAGGAGCAGGAGAGGAGGAUGGAGGAGAUGCGGGUGGAGCAUGAGCGACGGAUGAUGGAGAUGUUUCAGGUUAUCGCUGCACGCUUACCCACCGAUGCCCCAGGGCCUCCGCCUGCAUCUGUGUGA